CUAGGAAAAAAAAUACAGAAUAGGGAGCUGACUUUUCGCUCGUCACGGAAGGAUUUGUGUUGAAGGAAAUUUCUGUAAUCUAAUUCAAUUAUUAGCCUUUUAUUCAAAAUGUUUUCAUUGUAUACUUAUUUUCUGUCUCUAUUUCAUCUGUCCAAUAAAAUUGUAAUGUUUCGGCCCCCUGUGCUUUAAAAUAAUGUCCAUUAUUUACAAGACUAUUGUGGAUCAGUGAAGAGUUGUAUUUACGGUUUUAGUUAAUUAUUAGCGACAAUGGAUAAAGGAGUGACUUGUGAGCACUUGAAUAAGCUCGCGGAUGUUUUGGAGAAGGAGUUGUGGCAGUCAAAAGAAACAUUAACCUGUUUCGACUGCGGUUGUCCGGGUCCCAACUUGUGGAUCUGUCUGCAGCCCGAUUGUCACCACAUUGGUUGCUCGGAAGUGAAGAAUGACCACAGCACCAUUCAUCAAAAGAAUUUCCCAUCGCACUGCGUGCAUAUGAACAUAUCGACUGAGAGGAUAUGGUGUUACACGUGCGAGAAGGAAGUUCACGUCAGGGCUGCAUUAGCACAAUCUCUGGCAAGCCCAGAUACAACGACGAUGGAGGGCCCGGGGGCGAGCGCUCGCUUCGGCUCCGUCGGGCUGGCCCCGCCCUCUGAAGAUGACCUGGACCCUGAAGAUAUGGAGUAUGACGACGAAUCGCGCCCUAGAGCGCUCCCCGCAGGGCUGGUGGGGCUUCAGAACAUGGGCAACACGUGCUACAUGAACGCGGCGCUACAGGCGCUCAGCAACACCGCGCCGCUGACGUCAUACUUCCUGGAGUGCGCCGCCGCCGUCUCCGUGCUGGCUGCGGAUAAAAAACCGGGUCUAAGUCGAGCGUACCAGAAGUUAAUAAAAGAAAUGUGGAGUAGAAAAACCAGAGGCUACGUUGUACCAAACGGUAUACUAUAUGGUAUUAGAAACGUCCACCCAAUGUUCCGCGGCUACCACCAGCACGACACACAGGAGUUCCUACGCUGCUUCAUGGACCAGCUGCACGAGGAACUGAAAGAGCCUGUGUGGGAUGGCACGGCCGAGGACAAGCUAGGCUCGGACGCGGACGGCGACCAUCAGGAAAAUAGGAAUAUCCACGUCAGGCGGCGAGCUGCUUCUUCUGGAGCGAGUGACGCGCCUCUGUUCCCGCGAAUGAGGCGGAAGUCCCCGGCGCCAUCUUCUUACAGCGAAUCGAGGGCCGAUGGGUAUUUGAGGGUGGCGGGGCAGGAAGCGACGAGGCACCGGCGCUCCGCUAGCUUUGCUGGUACGCAGCAUCUGGCCUACAGCGUGAUGACUGCGCUCAAUGGGACAGUGGGUCCAGAUUCAACGCAGCGUGACAAUAUCGGUUCAGAAUCGGAGCUCUCUUGCUCAAGCGAAGCCGAGGAGCGCUAUGAGACGUGCUCGAGUGGAGCCAGCGACGCGCCCGACACAAGGCCGGAGCGGACGCACAAACCGCAGCCAGUCGCGUGCGGCAGCGGCGACGGCGGCUCCAGCGGUGUCAGAUAUCGAAGCGUGAUAUCCGACGUGUUUGACGGGAAACUGCUGUCUUCUGUGCAGUGCCUCAUCUGCGAUAGGGUGUCAACCCGCGUGGAGACCUUCCAAGACCUGUCCCUGCCCAUCCCUUCGCGGGAGCAUUUAGCCGUCAUCCGCUGCCAGCAACCGCUGCUGGCCCACGCCGCUCAUGGCUCGCAGGAGUCGUGGGUGUGGUGGCUUCUGAGCUGGCUGCGGUCGUGGUUCUACGGGCCCGUGGUGUCGCUGCAGGACUGCCUCGCUGCCUUCUUUAGCGCGGAUGAGCUCAAAGGAGACAAUAUGUACAGUUGUUCCCGCUGCAACAAGCUCCGCAACGGCGUCAAGAUGUCUGGCGUGGUGCGCCUUCCAGAAGUGCUGUGUGUACACCUGAAACGUUUCCGCCACGAGCUCAUGUUCAGCGCUAAGGUGGCCGCGCGCGUGUCCUUCCCUCUACGGGGGCUGGACAUGGCGCCCUACACGCACAAGGAUUGCACGUCAAAAAUAACCCGCUACGAGCUAUGCGCGGUGAUCUGCCACGCGGGCACCGCGGGCGGUGGACACUAUACGUGCGUCGCGCGUAAUGGGCGAGGCUGGUACACCUUUGACGACCAGAGCGUGGUGCCGCUGCCGCCUGCACAGCUAGCGAGCGCUGAGGCCUACGUGCUGUUUUAUAGGAAAGUAAACCCACAAAUGACAGUGUUGCGGCAAAAAGCAGCAGAGAUCCUGGAGUCCACAAAUGUUGAACCCAACGACAUCAAAUUCUACAUUUCUAAGCAGUGGAUCAACAAAUUCAACACGUGGGCGGAGCCAGGCCCCAUAGACAACGGCGACUUUGUCUGCUGGCACGGCGGCGUACGGCCCGACCGAGCGCAGCAUUUACACCAUCUAGCGGCUGUCGUGCCGCAACCGCUGUGGGAGUUCCUCUACGCACACUUCGGCGGCGGGCCGGCGCUGUCUCACGCACACGAGUGCGGCGUAUGCGCACGGGCGGCGCAGCGUCUUCGUGCAAGGCGAGCGCGCGAACUAGCGGCUUUCUGCGACCUGCACGCUAUAUUCCAGGAGCAAGAGCGUCCUCGCGCAAUAUACGCGAUCAGUAUGCACUGGUUCCGGCAGUGGCAGGCCUUUGUCCGCAACAAGACGCAGCAGCCGCCGCCGCCGGUCGAUAACACGGGGAUAGUCACCAAACAGGAGAACGACGGCAACACAACGUACCUCCUAAAACAGGGCUCCGACCACGCGCAACUCAGCGAGGAGCUGUGGAGGUUCUUCACCGACAUCUACGGCGGCGGCCCCGAGGUGCGGCUCAAGUGCCCCACCCCCGCCGUGCCAGCCGCCACCCUCGACGCCCACAAACCCUUCGACCGCCGGCUGUCGCGGAAAUACUCCGAAUCCGACAAGGAAGAGUAUUGCACCAAAUCCACCUCGGAAAUGAACAUCCGAGACACGAUUCACACCGAGCUGCAGAAAAAUCAAUCUCUUCAAAACAUCAACAGAAGAUACAAGGGCAAAGCGACAGCCGAUUCCGACGAAGAUAUCAACUACAGACAUUUUCAAUACAAACGCCAUGAGCCGAAUGGAAACUAUCAAGAUUCUGACGAAGAAAUGGACGUCAGCCCUCCGCAAAGCUACGUUAACGUAGUCAGAAUGGAAAACGGCGUCGACAGUUCGGAUCACGAUGCGAACGACAACCCGGUGAAAGUUACGGACAAAGUUACCGACGCCGAUCUACCUAAUUUGGACAGCAUAUCGCUGAAAGCGAAACCUAAACGCGGCAAAGUGAGAAGAAUGAAAAGUCGGACAGUGAAAUGAUUCUUUCUUGCCUUCCAGUUUGUGCACAGGCUGAGGCAGAAAGUCGCUUCUCACCACGUCUAAAGUGCCGCUGUGAAAGCCGAGGAUACACUAGCGGACAAAACGACCGAAAAAUGUCCCGAUGUGUUGCCGUGCAAUAUUACACGCGUUUACGCGAUGAAACAUUUUGAAACACCGCGGGACAUUGAUUUGACACUCGGAUUCUCUUGUCCAUAGUGUAUCCAAAGCUUUAGUCAAGUCGAUAGUGUUGUGAUGUGUGCGUCGAUAUUCAAUGAGUUUGCCAAAGCCAUUAUAAAUAUAUCGAUAAGAAAUGCGAUUAAAUUUUCGAUACUGCUAUCGGUCUAUCGCUCUUUUUUUGUUUCUCAACGAUAUCGAAACGUCACUGUGCUACUCGAUGGAGAUACCUACUAUCGAUGGUUUUCAACACUAGCGUGAACUGAACAUUCCUCUGUGACUGUUGUUUAGUGCAUUUAUGGUUGAGCCUAACUGGACUCCUCUUAUUACGAAUGGAUAUUUUUCUAAAAGCAUAUUAUACUAUAACCUGCGGCCUUCAGGCCCACUCCGGGGGGGUGUUAGUAUUUUUAGUACAAUUUUAAUUUAGUUCAAAUUCAAGUCUAGAUAAAUUAGAUACUUGAAUAACGAUGUUAUCCUGAAUAAUCAUCAAACUGUAUAUUUACAAUAUUGAUGUAUAUCUUGUAAAAUUACGAUAAAGUUUACCGUCACUUGUCUGUGUAUAGUAAAUUCAUGUUUAUAGAUAGGAUGACUAUGUUUCUGACUGCAUUUCUUUCGUUUUCUGUUUUACCAUGUGGAUUAGGUUAUUUAUUUUGUUAUUUCUGGUUCUAAGUCUAUGUGUUACUUGUUAAUGGAUUGAUCAGCAAUAAAAAAUAUAUUUCACCGAUA